GAGCUACUGACUGGGUUUUGGGGUGUUUUGUACCCCACCCUUCUCACUUGUGGGAAAACCUCUUUGCAUUUAGAGUUAAUUGAACUGCAAGGAAGGAGACUGGCCAGGGAAUAGGGGGAAAGCAAUUCUGUUGCUCCUCCUCCUGUUUGUCACUUACCUCCUGACUCUCUUCCAAACCAAGCUCAGCUGCAUCAAGGUGGCGGCAGAAUAUCCUGCCCAAGUGCCAGUGCCUGCUUAGCUGCCCUGUGCAUCCCAGGCUGCCUUGUUAUCUGGCCAUUGUCCCUGGCCAUUGGGACUGCUUCUGAUGGCUGUGGCCUCCGCUGCCCCAGGGAGCAUCUUCUGUAAGCAGCUCCUUUUCUCUCUCCUGGUUUUAAUAUUACUUUGCGAUGCUUGUCAGAAAAUUUCUCUUCGAGUUCCUUCUCAUCUUCAGGCUGAAACACUUGUAGGCAAAGUGAAUCUGGAGGAGUGUCUCAAGUCGGCCAGCCUAAUCCUGUCCAGUGAUCCUAACUUCAGAGUUCUAGAAGAUGGCUCCAUUUACACAACACAUGACCUCAUUUUGUCUUCUGAAAGGAAAAGUUUUUCCAUUUUCCUUUCAGACCGUCAGAGACAGGAACAAAAAACAAUAGAAGUUGUACUGUCCGCAAGAGAAAACAAGGCUGCUAAGAAGAGACAUGCCAAAGACACAGCCCUCAAGCGCAGCAAGAGACGAUGGGGUCCUAUUCCGUGUUCAUUGAUGGAGAACUCAUUGGGUCCAUUUCCACAACACAUUCAGCAGAUUCAAUCUGACACUGCACAGAAUUACACCAUCUUUUAUUCCAUAAGUGGACCAGGCGUGGACAAAGAACCCUACAACUUGUUUUACAUAGAGAGAGACACUGGGGAUAUCUUUUGUACAAGAAGCAUUGACCGUGAGCAAUAUCAACAGUUUGCGUUAUAUGGCUAUGCAACAACUGCAGAUGGCUAUGCACCAGAAUAUCCACUCCCCUUGAUCAUCAAAAUUGAAGAUGAUAAUGAUAAUGCCCCAUAUUUUGAAAACAAACUGACCAUCUUUACUGUACCUGAAAAUUGCCGAACCGGAACUUCAGUGGGAAAAGUGACCGCCAUUGACCUUGACGAACCUGAUACUCUCCAUACCCGUCUGAAAUAUAAAAUCUUACAACAAAUUCCAGAUCAUCCAAAGCAUUUCUCCAUACACCCAGACACCGGUGUCAUCACCACAACUACACCUUUACUGGAUAGAGAAAAAUGUGAUACUUACCAGUUAAUAAUGGAAGUGCGAGACAUGGGUGGUCAACCUUUCGGUUUAUUUAAUACAGGAACAAUUACUAUUUCACUUGAGGAUGAGAAUGACAAUUCACCAUCUUUCACAGAAACUUCUUAUGUUACAGAAGUAGAAGAAAACAGAAUUGACGUCGAGAUUUUACGAAUGAAGGUACAGGAUCAGGAUUUGCCAAACACUCCUCACUCAAGAGCUGUAUACACAAUCCUACAAGGAAAUGAAAAUGGAAACUUCAAAAUUAGCACAGAUCCAAAUACAAAUGAAGCAGUGUUGUGUGUUGUCAAGCCAUUGAACUAUGAAGUCAGUCGGCAAGUCAUUUUGCAAGUUGGUGUAGUUAACGAAGCACAAUUCUCUAAAGCAGCAAACUCACAAACUCCUACAAUGUGCACUACAACUGUCACCGUCAAAAUUAAAGACAGGGAUGAGGGCCCGGAAUGCCACCCACCAGUGAAAGUUAUCCAGAGUGAAGAUGGCUUCCCAGCUGGCCAAGAACUCCUUGGAUACAAGGCAUUAGACCCAGAAACACGCAGUGGUGAAGGCUUAAGGUACAGGAAGUUAGGGGAUGAAGAUAACUGGUUUGAAAUUAAUGAACACACUGGCGACUUGAGAACUGUUAAAGUACUUGACAGAGAAUCCAAAUUUGUAAAAAACAACCAAUAUAAUAUUUCAGUUGUUGCAGUGGAUGCAGUUGGCCGAUCUUGCACUGGAACAUUAGUAGUUUCUUUGACUGAUAAAAAUGAUCAUCCACCACAAAUUAAUAAAGACGUGACCAUUUGUCAGAAUAAUAAGGAUUUUGCUGUUCUGGAACCUGUAGAUCCAGAUGGGCCUGAAAAUGGACCACCUUUUCAAUUCCUUCUGGAUGAUUCUGCCAGCAAAAACUGGGUUAUAGAAGAAAAGGAUGGUAAAACUGCCAUUCUUCGUCAACGACAAAAUCUAGCUUAUAACAAUUAUUUUGUGCCUAUCAAGAUAAAAGACAGACAUGGUUUAGUUGCAACACAUGAGUUAUCAGUGAGAGUAUGUGACUGUUCAGUUUCAUCUGAGUGUAACCUGCCUGCUAAAAAUCUAAGAGACGUUAGACCAAAUGUAAUACUUGGAAGAUGGGCUAUUCUUGCUAUGGUGUUGGGUUCUGUAUUGUUAUUAUGUAUUCUGUUUACAUGUUUCUGUGUCACUGCUAAGAAAACAGUCAAGAAAUGUUUUCCAGAAGACAUAGCCCAGCAAAAUUUAAUUGUAUCAAAUACUGAAGGACCUGGAGAAGAAGUAACGGAAGCAAAUAUUAGACUCCCCAUGCAGACCUCCAACAUUUGUGACACAAGCAUGUCUGUUGGUACUGUUGGUGGCCAGGGAAUCAAAACACAGCAAAGUUUUGAGAUGGUCAAAGGAGGUUACACUUUGGAUUCCAACAAAGGAGGUGGACAUCAGACUUUGGAGUCUGUCAAGGGAGUGGGGCAGGGAGAUACCGGCAGAUACACGUACACGGACUGGCAGAGUUUCACCCAGCCUCGACUUGGUGAAGAAUCCAUUAGAGGACACACUCUGAUUAAAAAUUAAACAGUAAAAGAAGGUGUAUUUGUGUGGACAAGACGAGGAGCAUAAACAUUGUGAAGACUACGUUCGUUCGUAUAACUAUGAAGGCAAAGGUUCUCUGGCCGGCUCAGUAGGCUGCUGCAGCGAUCGUCAGGAAGAAGAGGGACUGGAGUUUCUAGAUCACCUGGAACCCAAAUUUAGGACAUUAGCAAAGACAUGUGUCAAGAAAUAAAUGUGCCUUUUAGUAGCAUAACAUCCACAGCUGAAUAAGUAGGAGUUUAUUGCAUGCAGAAUGAUAGCAGCAUCUGCUAAUGUUUUUGUUUAUGGAGGUAAACUUCAUCGUGUAUAGGUAAGGGUACUAUAAAUAUGAGACUUCCCUAAAUUCUCCUUGUCUGGUAUAACGUCUAUGUUCUCUAGAAAUCAAGGUUGUGUUUGCUAAUUUUCUUUUAUAUGCAUGUGUAUAUUGCCCCUUUCAGGACUGUAUUGUACACUUUCUUGCACCCUGUAUUUGAAAACUGAUGUUACUUUUUGUGCUAUGGAAGAGCAUUUGGGAGAGCUGGGUGCUGCAGAGGCCAGUGAAAGAUGAAUUUGCAUUGUAGAUGUAUGAAUUAAAUAUUUUCUUCAAAAUAUUGGGAAGAAUUAUGUUCUUAGAAAAUAUUUCCUUUGGUGUCAGAUAACUGCAUUCUCUCCACUUGCGUAGUUUGAAAAGGGCUUUUAAGUAUUCUUCAGCGCGGUCGUCAGUUUGGUGAAUAAGCUCAUUUCUCUUUUACACUAUGGUACUCCUCAGAGCAGUGCUCCCAGCAUUGUUUCCUUUCAGGAUCCUUCAGAGCUCAGUCCUUGGACCUCUGCCCAUGUGGAUUCGUUAUGAGGUUCCUCCAACUUCUAGGAUUAUUGGAAAGAUAAGGACCAGAACAAGCUCACAGCAAACGUGAGGGGCAGAGAUUUUACAAAGAUUGCAUGAGAAGAUUUCCAUGAAAGAAUUGCAACCCUGAGGUCCAUGGGUUAGGCUCACAGAUAUAUUUCGUUUGCUCAGUAUGGUUUACUAGUAACAUUUAAAACAUAUAAAUAUCUUGGCAAAAGCAUUCACUCUUGAAUUUGAAAUAGGCCCGCCAUAUCUGUGGCUGUCACCUGCCAUUUCCAAGCAUCUGGAAAGCUAGCCCUGACGGCAUUAGGCUGCAACUCGGAUAUACUGAGAGUAACACCUUGAAUAUGCACAAAGUUGAAUUACCAUCUGUAUUAAAACUUAAGACUCAGUCUAAAUUUAUAGAUACUUUAAGAAAAUAGUCAGAAAUAGGGACUAGAAUGUAUAUGUUACAAAAUUGAAAUCUAUUACAGCAACACUUACCAAAGAUUUGUGGAAUGCUGAAUAAAUGAAUACACACAUUCAUAAAUCAUUUUGAAGGUAUAACAUUUUAAUAGGAUAGCAUAUUUUAUUAAUCUAAAAAGAAACUUUAUAUUUAUAUAGUAUUUUCGUAGUUAUUUGUGGCAAGCUCUAUAAAUCUAUAAACAAUAAGAGUAUGGAAAUUUCUCAUCCAAAAAAAAAAAAAAAAAAAACCACAACAUCUAUUAACUAGUUAACUAUUUUUAAAAAUGAGUGGCUUAAAAAAAAAUGUUGUGACUAGUCUUCUUAUUCUCAGUUCCAAAUUAAAGGCACUUCUUGAUGUGAAAUUGAAUAUGAGAUCAGAAGAAAGAAGUAAUUUUAAUAAGUCAGAUUUUACUUUAUAAGGUGUCCAAAAUAUGUAAUUUUUAUAGCCAUUAUAAAAUAUUUCUGCGGUCAUGCAAUUUUUGUUCUCUGAUGUACAGGUUGCUCUGAUAAUAAUAUAAAUUCUAAAAAUUUAAAAUAUAAAUUUGGACAUUUAUCAUAAUAAGUCACAUUCUUGAAUGUAGGUACAAAAUAUUCCUGGAGCAAUUAAAAAUCAUUAACUAAACCUUAACUUUAAUUGUGCUUUUAUGUUCAGAUAUACAUUUUCUUUUCUAUAAUUAAGCAAGCAUAAAAGAAAUAUGAAGACAAACAAACAUAUAUAAGUUAAAUUUCAGCUAAUGAUUUGUAAUUGCUCCAAGAACAAUUUGUAUCUACAUUUAAAAAUGUAACAAUUAAUGUCCAGAGGUAGAUACCUCAGUCAGCAAGAGAAGAUAUUCUAAAAACAUUAGAAAAAAUAUUAGAAAAUAUGCGAAAUAAAUAUGUAUUAAACAGUUUUGGUUAUGUAAAAUAUUUUCAGAAUAUCGUUGAAGUUUAUCUCAGAGAAACUUUGACUGUCUUUUGGUUUACUUAGGCAAUUCGAUUCAUUCUCUGUUUACUCCCCAAAUUAAAUGUUAAUUGUAUGAUUGAUAAAAUCUGUGAAACCCUAUCAGACUGCUUACAAAUUUCAUUUGUUAAUAAAAGAUUUAUUUCAUGGAUUUAUUUUAUAUAACUUAAUUGUCAGUUAAUUGUCAAUAAGUUAAUAGUUAUGAAUGUUUUUUCUAGAAUUAAAUUGGUAUUGAGGAAGAUAUAGAGUUAAAUUUUUCUUAUCUUGUUUCAGAUCUCAAAUAUUUCAUGUGAAAAAGUCUCAUGAGAACACCCAAGAUAGGUGAAAAUCAAUGUAAUUUUAUAAGUGAGCUUCAUUAGGCAUUUCCUAAUCUUACUGAACUUCUGCUUCCUCCUGCAUUUAUUAAAAGUAUUUCAUAAAACUUGA